GGAGUGGACCAGAGAAAUUACUUGCUUUAGAUGAACUGAUUGAUAGUUGUGAACCAACACAAGUAAAACACAUGAUGCAAGUGAUAGAACCCCAGUUUCAAAGAGACUUCAUUUCCUUGCUCCCAAAAGAGCUGGCGCUGUAUGUGCUGUCAUUCCUGGAACCCAGGGACCUUCUACAGGCAGCCCAGACGUGUCGUUACUGGAGAAUUCUGGCUGAAGAUAAUCUUCUCUGGAGAGAGAAAUGCAAAGAGGAGGGAAUUGAUGAACCGUUACAUAUCAAGAGGAGGAAAGUAAUAAAACCAGGCUUUAUACACAGUCCAUGGAAAAGCGCGUACAUUCGACAACACAGGAUUGAUACGAACUGGCGGCGAGGAGAACUUAAAUCGCCUAAGGUGCUCAAAGGCCACGACGACCACGUGAUCACCUGCCUUCAGUUCUGUGGGAACCGAAUCGUGAGCGGCUCCGAUGACAACACGCUCAAAGUGUGGUCAGCAGUGACAGGCAAGUGCUUGAGGACACUGGUUGGGCACACAGGCGGAGUCUGGUCAUCACAGAUGAGGGACAAUAUCAUUAUCAGUGGAUCUACAGACCGAACACUGAAAGUCUGGAACGCCGAGACCGGAGAAUGCAUACACACCUUAUACGGCCACACCUCCACCGUGCGCUGCAUGCAUCUCCACGAGAAAAGAGUGGUCAGUGGGUCACGAGAUGCUACACUGAGAGUCUGGGACAUAGAGACGGGCCAGUGUUUACACGUUCUGAUGGGCCACGUAGCUGCAGUUCGGUGCGUUCAGUAUGAUGGCAGAAGGGUUGUAAGUGGUGCAUAUGAUUUUAUGGUCAAAGUGUGGGAUCCAGAGACAGAGACCUGUCUGCACACACUGCAAGGGCAUACUAACAGAGUCUACUCAUUACAGUUUGAUGGCAUCCAUGUGGUGAGUGGAUCUCUUGACACUUCCAUCCGAGUUUGGGAUGUGGAGACGGGCAACUGCAUUCACACGCUAACAGGCCACCAGUCUCUCACAAGUGGAAUGGAACUCAAGGACAAUAUACUCGUGUCUGGGAAUGCCGAUUCUACAGUCAAAAUCUGGGACAUUAAAACAGGACAAUGUUUACAGACAUUGCAAGGUCCCAACAAGCAUCAGAGUGCUGUGACCUGUUUACAGUUCAACAAGAACUUUGUAAUUACCAGCUCAGAUGAUGGGACUGUAAAACUUUGGGACUUGAAAACGGGUGAAUUUAUCCGAAAUCUAGUCACAUUGGAGAGCGGAGGAAGCGGAGGUGUUGUGUGGCGGAUCAGAGCUUCUAACACAAAGCUAGUGUGUGCGGUUGGGAGCCGCAACGGGACUGAGGAAACAAAGCUGCUGGUGUUGGACUUUGACGUGGAUAUGAAGUGAAGGGCAGAAAGAUGAAUUUGUCCAAAUGCGUAGACGAUGUUCUCCCUUUCCCUCCCCCCGAAAAAAAAGAAAAAGAAAAAAAAAGAAAAAGGAAAAAAAAUCCCUUGUCCUUGGUGGUGCAGGAUGUUGGCUUGGGGCAACAGAUCCUAAAGACCUACAGACUACGAAGGAGAAGACAAAGAUGACAAACUAUAACUGACAAGAGAGGCAUUCGCUGUCUCGUCACAUAAAAAGGCUACACUUUUGACCGGGGCAGCUUUGCAAAAAUACGACUUUUGAAAUGAAACCAGGUGCAAUUAUUUCUUUACUUGCCUCCAACUGCUCCUUGAGCGAUUUGGAGGUGGG